UGACAUCAUUUGACAUCUCCUUGCUUCCUCAUUUCAAUAGUAACUAUUUACCAGAAGAGAAACAGGUUUGAGGUUAGGGUGCUGAGUGCGUGCAUGCCUCUGUGUAUGAGCAAGAGCUUUUUUUCCCCCUCUGCCCCUUUGCAGCCAUAGGUCAUUACACUGAGCUGCCUGAAACUGCCCAAUGCUAUUUUUCACCAGCUUGACUUCAGAAGAGACAGGUCUGUGGAUGUGCUUCACUUUCUGCUUUGGGUGGGGUAUAGCAACAAGGCUCAGUGCUGUGGCUGCUUCUGCUCUCAUCCAAGAACAAACUUGCUGAAGGAUUCCUCCCCCUCCACAGAGUGAUAAUAAUGACACAGCUGCAGUUUAAAGAUGCAUUUUGGUGCAAGGAGUUCACCUUCCACACUGGCUACGAGGUGCUUGUACAGCGGCUCUUGGAUGGAAGGAAGAUGUGCAAAGAUGUGGAGGAUUUGCUCAAGCAGAGAGCACAAGCAGAAGAGAGAUAUGGGAAAGAGCUGAUUCAAAUUGCCCGAAAAGCAGGAGGACAAACAGAAAUCAACACACUGAAAGCAGCAUUUGAGAGGCUUAAGCAACAAAUUGAAAGUGUUGGAAACUCUCAUAUCCAGCUGGCAGUAAUGCUGAAAGAUGAACUGAAAGGAAUAGAGGAGUUCCGAGAAAGGCAGAAGGAACAAAGAAAAAAGUACGAGUCUGCAAUGGAGCAUAUACAAAAGAGCAAGUUGUCCCAUUAUAAGAAAACAAUGGAGUCAAAGAAGACCUAUGAACAGAAGUGCAAGGAGGCGGAUGAGGCCGAGCAGUCCUUUGCACGGACAAGUGCUUCAGGCAACCAAAAGCAAGCAGAAAAGAGUCAGAACAAAGCCAAGCAAUGCAGAGAUGCGGCAAAUGAAGCAGAGAAUGUGUACAAACAGAACAUUGAGCAGCUGGAUAAGGUCAGGACAGAGUGGGAACAGGAACAUAUCAAAACCUGCGAGGUCUUCCAGCUCCAGGAGUGCGACCGCAUCACCAUCCUCCGCAACUCGCUGUGGGUUCACUGCAACCAGCUCUCCAUGCAGUGUGUGAAGGAUGAUGAGCUCUAUGAAGAGGUUCGAGUAAGCUUGGAGGACUGCAUUGUAGAGUCAGACAUAGACUACUUCAUUAAGACUAAAAUGACAGGAACACAACCUCCAGCUGCAAUAGGAUAUGAGAACUACUACAGCAGAGAACGAAACAGAAGCAACAGCAGCCCAAUCCAGUCAUGCGGGAUGAUGAAGAGAUUCUCUGGACUACUGCAUGGAAGCAGCAAAAACAACACAGAAAGUGCCACUCCUUCAGCCCCUCCUCUUGAGAAAACAGACGAAGUCUAUGCAUCCAUUUUUGUACAACAAUCUGGAAUCACAUCAUCACAGGACUACAGAGUACUUUAUGACUACACAGCCCAGAACAUGGAUGAACUGGACAUCAGUGAAGGAGACAUUGUAGUUGUCAUCGAAGAAAAUGAGGAUGGCUGGUGGACAGCAGAAAGGAAUGGGCAGCGAGGCUUUGUGCCAGGGUCUUAUCUCAAAAAGCUUUGAUGAAAAGAAGCCCCAGUCCUCAGACUUUAAAACUAUUCUAUUACCAAAACCAAGCAGCACACAAGGUCUGCUUCAGCUGACCAAAGGCAACCCAUAAUACUGUAUUCUACAAUUACCAGUCAGGAAAUAACCAAGUGACCAUGCUUUACUAUUCCUUCCUCCUGCCCCAUUUCAGCACCUCCUGGCCUACACUGUCUGCAAAAACUCUCUUCACCUCAGAGAAAUUAGGACUUGCAUUCUUGCCACAAUUCUUCCUACCCUCAGCACACUGUGCUGCCAUCAGUGUUGCAAAGCUUGGCGAAUCUGGGAGGAAAAUUCUGCCCAGAACUUAACUGCACUAAAGGAAAAAGAUCAAGAAAGCAAGUGCUGUUUCUCCAGGAUGGAGGACCACUCCAGACAGCUUGUGAGCCAUCCUCAUGGUCACAGCAGCCAUGUUCUCUGCCAUGGAUCCCCUCCUCACACUGCAUAGGCCAUGCAAGCAUUUUUGACAAUGGGGUGGGAAGCACACAGCUUUGAUGUCACGGGGUCUUAGCUGUACAAAGCAAGGAAGAAGCUCUCUUAAAUUCCUUUCAAGCCCCCUUUCAAGUUCCCUUUACAGCAUGUAGGUAACCAGGGAGAAAGGUGGGGAACCCUCCACUGUUCUAUAUCUUUUCACUGGUGAAAAUACAAAAAGCAAUGAAUGCAGCUAGAGAGGAGCACCUGAAGGACCGAGACACAUCAGUAAUAAGAAAGAAUAAGGCACUCCCCAUCAUGGCCAUCUCCUAAUACAAUGAAAUCCAUGCUAUCCAUGGCUCUGCUUUGCACUGGAUUCUGGGCAGCAAAAUAAGGACAGAUGAUGAACCCAAAGCUUGCUUUUGCCUUGGUUAGAUGGCUCCUCCCUGGGAUUUUUCAUGUUUUAAAAAAACCAAACAACAAAAAGACCAAACUAGCAAAGCCUCCAGCAGGGCUGUACUGCCCUGAUCCCCCUCCGCUAAGUACCAGAGAGAAGUGCCAAUUACCUCCUCAUGCAAUCUGCGUAUCCUUGUUGUCAGUGCAUUCUCCUUUCAACUCCUCUGUCCACCUGGCUGAUCCUCUCCUUCUCUUCUGCCUAGAGGUUUUUCUGUCUCCAACUGCUAUCUACAGCCUUUGCACCUCUGGGACUGCUGGCAUAGAUGGGUCCCGGUACCUUUCCAGGCACUUUUAAUGUGCUUGUUCUUCAACAAACCCUCUUCAGAGAAGCCACACUGUGCAGGUUCACUGUAUUUCAUAGAUUUCAUCUCUAUCAGCCUUUCUAGUUUAGUAUUUUAAAAUGUUUCCAAUUGCCACUGUACUUACCAAGUACAAUUGAUAGAUCCUUUUUGCUACUCCUCACUUUUCAGUAUUUUGAGAUGGUUAAAAAAAAAAUAAAAUUGGUGAUUUAGUCUGAAGCAGAGCACACUAUUUCUGUGGGCAGAAUGACCUUGUUUGCCAAGGUUUCAGGUUUUAAAACUGAACCAAGUCAAUGAAAAUGAGUUAAACUACCACCCAAAAGGCAGGGACCAGGGAGGAACUAUUAGCUAAGACACAGCAGAAAAGACAAAGAGAAAUCUAGACAGAAGAAAAAGUCAUAAUGGUCAAUGCAAUUACUCCUUAAAUGAAACAGAACGAAGGUCAGAGGCACUUGCAGUACCUUAUUCUAAUUUCUUGCUUCAAGAAUGGCAUAAAACUUGCUGCAGGCCCUUUUUCUUUAGUUCCCUGCAGUCCUUUGCCCAAGCAUACUUGACCUUCCCAUACCUCCCCAAGUUAUUAUGCAACACAUCUACAUCAGUGCUGAAUCACACAUCAGCAUAGGCUCAGAGGAGUUGCAGGAACUUGAAUGACAUUUAACGCACUAGCUUAUAUGAACAGUAGUGCUUGGUCAGGCUGAAGAUGUUAAUGACUGAUUUCCGUGACAAAAUCUAAAUUGAACAGUGACAGAAAGAUGGUCCACAACAGCCUUCAACUAGACCACCGCACCGCGAAUGGUAGCUGUCAGAGACAACUACAACAUCGCUUGUUAUGUACAGCACGAGAGGAAACUCGAAGUAUGAGAGAUUUAAUAUAUUUGCUUCUGAACACUCAGUCUUCCACAAAGAGAACUGUAAUAAUCCAACAAAUACCGAAAUAAAUUUAGGUAGAUAUUUUGCAGAUUAUCUUAAUUAAAGAGAAAAAAAUAAGCCAUUGAGAUACGUCUCCUCUAAUUGUGUGUCGCACAUGGAUUUUGCUAAGACUCCUCACUUUUCUGGGGGCCCAGACAGCCUCACACAAGACGCUGCAGUCCCCAGUCCUGG